AUGUUUCGCGGGGUUCAGUUUUACGACGGUAAUGGCCACCGGCAAGGGGUUCAGGCAGUUCUAGACACAAGUGCCCGAGGCAAUGUGUAUGUUGUUGACACCUACGCUAUGCCGGGGAUUCAAAGUGGGGCGGACUUGUUGCGGGCGGUAGCCAAGUCGAUGAGUGUUGCUGAAUGGUACGGGUACGAUGUGGAAACCAUUGCCUCCCAAGCAUUGUCAAUUCCAGCGAAUAUUCAUCUGUUAGUUCUUGUUAUUACCCCCCAUCAUCGGCAUCUACUCACCGAGGGGGUGCUGCAGGGACUUAGCCGGGUCCAUGAGCGGUCUUUGAUGAUGGGGACGCAAUUAUGGACGGCGGUUUUCGAAAAUCCAGUGGCUCUGACACGACCAUCUUUGUAG